ACGAUGGGGCAAGCACGCAGUAAAGAGACCCGAGACUUGACCCGAACUACGCAUUUCUCUUCAAAGGAAAUCAACAAUCUACGGAACGAUGUCGAGAGUUCAGCCAAACAGACCGACCAGUCCAGCAUCACUGAAAAUGUGUUUAAAGAGGCAGUCAAGAAGUAUGUCCCGUCUGUAUCCUCUAGCGACGAUGUAUUUCUAAAGCGACUCUACGCAGCCUUUGACGUGAAUAACAACCAGUCCCUCGAUUUUGGUGAAUUCGUGGAUGGUUUGAGCGUAUUUAUGAAAGGCACAGCCGAUGAGAAGAUGGCUUUAUCUUUCAAGUUGUAUGACAUUGAUCAUGAUGGUUAUCUCACAAGAAGUGAACUUGAAAGAGUUAUGCUUCAACUGUCUCAUACAUUUUCUGAAGAAGAUCAAGCAUCCGAGAUCCAACAGUCGAUCUCUCGAAUGUUCGACGAUCUUGAUGUGGACGGUGAUGGAAAAUUGUCCUUUGAAGAAUACAAACUAUCUUCAUUAAAGGAGCCAAUGAUUGUCGACUUUCUCGAGCACUUUUUGGAUCAGCACCAUCUCUCCAAUCAACCACGACCUCCAUCGAGACCUCCUUCCGUGAUUUCAUAUCGUUCCAAUCUAUCUGCUCCUCGCCGACCCAGUCCACACCAUAAUCAGCGCCUAUCAAUCCGUCUUUCUCAGGCAGAAUUGUUGGAAUAUAGCCUACAGCAACAACAACAGCGAUUGGGAUCGAAUAGUCCUAGUUCUAGCCCUCGUUCCUCACUUAAUCCUUCUCACAGUCCCUCUUCUUCUACUGCUCUUUACCCGGCACGGAUACCCAACCCUCAUAGACUCAGCAGAGGCACCAGUAUGGUCAGCCUUGACGCUGCCAUUAGUUCGAUUUAAAAACAAAACAUAAAUGAUUGUCAUUGAAUACC